GCCUGAUGGUGUCGCUGGGGGCAGAUGGUCGCUCUGUUAGCGUCAGCUGUUCACAGGAGCACAGAUGAGGGACUUACUGUGUCAGACACACACUCGCGCCUGACCAACCAGUCACUGCUUCUGAAUGAGAUAAUGUUUAUCUGAAGAUAUGCCUCAUUCCAGGUGCACAACAGGAAAUGAUUUAGUGCAAAUUCUUCCUUCAGGAUUUUCCUCUUUGUCUGGACAACACAUGCAGAACAUUCCAGCAUCCUCCUCCCUUCAGUGAAGACACCAUCCAGACCAAAAACACAAUAACAGGGAUAAUAACUCCACAAUGGCGGUGACUUCCCUCUAUGUGACUGAGGAGCCGCGAGCCGCUGCAGCCGAAGUGGACAUUUGUACAUUAGAGAUUACUAAGAAGUAUGAAGUCAUCCCAUCUACUGUCUGCUCUGUGUGUCUCACGUUAGGCCUCGUGUACUGCUUAUUCGGAUAUCACUGCUUGAAAAUGGUGAUGUUCUUCUCUGGUUUUGUGCCUGGAUCAGCUGCACUGUUCCUGUUGUACCACAAGGAGCCUGUGCUGGAUGCACAGCUGGGCCCAGAGGCAAUGGCAGGGAUCGGCCUGGGGGUGGGUGUGCUCUGUGGGUUGAUGACUAUGCUUGUGUCCACUAUGGGGCUCCUUCUCAGCGGCCUGCAGUUGGGGUGCCUACUCUCCCUUCACUUCCUGGUGGUUCUGGGACAGUUUUACAGCCUUACCCCAGUGUGGCUGCCUCUCAGUGCCGUUCUGGCUGCCAGCAUCCUGACUGCUGUUUUUACACUUCAGUGGCAGAAAUUGUUCACCAUCAUCUCCACAUCUGUUUUUGGAGCAGCGACUGUGAUGCUGUGUAUGGAUUACCUUUUGGGAACAUUUAUGUUGCCAGAUCAAGUGUAUGAAAUGUUUCGCCAAGUUGCACCGCGCCCAAUGUGUUGGUUCAACUGGGUGAUCACUGCCAUCUCUCCUGUUAUGACCCUGAUGGGCGUGUUGGUGCAGUGGAAGUUUACAGCAAAUGGAGCAUCAUCACACACAGAAGUUGCAAACAAAAAGCAGAAGAAACAUGUGAAGCAACACAGAUAUAAGGAGGAAAGAAGCAGACGUCAACCUUAUCAGCGACGGCGGCCUCCACUCCUGAAACGCUACGCUGGAGAUGUUUUAGCCCCGAGUUAUCUCCAGAGCCUUCGGGAGCAUCAGACAGGAACAGGGUCCUCCACCAGCAGCAUCAGCACCAUCACACAUACUGGAACUGACUUGGACUUUGAGACGGGCUCCAUGGUGCCCUUGACCCCCGCCUCGCCUGCCUUUAGGGUUUGAAUGAACACAGCAUCAACUAACUGUAAAGGGCACAUCUUGAUGAAACGUUUGACAUAUCUGACAAUCACAACAUUUGAAAGCCAAACCAGCUUCAUGAGUAAUUUAUUACAUGUAGAUUUGAGAUGAGUGGACAUUAUCAGUGAAGGAUGGAAGAGAAAAUAACAUUAUCAGCAGUGAGCACAGCAUUGUCUGUGUCAGACUACACAAAUGCAGGAAUAACAUGUAAAUACAUAAUUUACAGCAUGUUUCCAUCUAUGGCAGAAAAUUGCUGUACAUAACUUUGGAAAUAAGAACUUUACUGGUCUGCACCUAUGUGGUGGUAGAGUGAGUCACUUCCUCGGUUACUGCACAACAGUUUUGAAGAUCCAGAUUAUUUUUGCACAUGGAAAAAUAAAUGAAUGAUAUUUAGUUUAGGAGAGAAUGCAGAACAAUGAGCGCAUUUCACUGCAUUAUUACAGUUUAUUUCACUGAUGCUUAAGUAUUGUCAUCUAAACGUCCUCUUAAUGUUUGAGGAAUCGAUGAAUGAUUGAAAAAGGUUUCUUUUCUAAAUUAUGUGUGCAUGAAU